ACUCAGCAGCCGCUGCACCGCCUUCACCAUAAAGCCUCACAUACAGGAGAAGAGCCGCUAGUUUGCUAACGGGCACAGACCGAAUUCUACGGAACAGGAGCGUUUUUUUUUUUUCUUCCGCCCGGGUUACUUCGCCUGGCAAACGUACUUAUUGAGCCUGAAGCGGGGGAUACAGAUCAUCCGAAACAAAAUAAAUAAUAAUAAGGCGUUUAGACUACGGGGAGAGCGGGGCUUAUCGAAGGACGGUGUAACGUCUGUCGCUCGGUGGAUCAGACCGCCAGCUAGCUUUGUUACAACUCCGCGCAUACGUAGUUUUAGCUCGCCAGCCAGCUAACUACGCUAACUCGAGAAGAAAGGCCGUCGAGUUGACCUAGCGUCGGUUAUUUAACAGGUAGCGAAUCAUCCUGGCACAUCAAGGUUGCCCCUCACUGCUUGGAUCGGAAAACCAUCAAAUUAAAGAGCAGAACACCGAGAGAGGAUGGCUCUGAAAAGGAUCCACAAGGAGCUUAACGAUCUGGCCCGUGACCCUCCAGCACAGUGCUCAGCCGGCCCAGUCGGUGAUGACAUGUUUCACUGGCAAGCUACAAUCAUGGGACCUAGUGACAGUCCAUAUCAGGGAGGUGUUUUCUUCUUGACAAUUCAUUUUCCAACAGACUACCCCUUCAAACCACCCAAGGUUGCAUUUACAACAAGAAUUUACCACCCAAAUAUUAACAGUAACGGCAGUAUCUGUCUGGAUAUUCUCAGAUCACAGUGGUCUCCUGCACUUACUAUUUCUAAAGUUCUUCUCUCCAUUUGCUCACUCCUAUGUGACCCAAACCCCGAUGACCCACUAGUGCCAGAGAUCGCACGAAUCUACAAAACAGAUAGUCAGAAAUACACCAAAAUGGCAAAAGAAUGGACACAAAAAUACGCAAUGUGAUGGCAUCGUUUGGAAAGCUGGUGGAAAAUGUUGUUGCUGAUUUAAACUUAAAAUUCCAUUAUUCUGUUUUUCUUUUUCACUUUUUUUUCUUAUUUUUUUGUUUUUGUUUUUUGUUUCGUUGUUAAUCAGAACAUUUUUACCCCCCCCCCCCCCCCCCCAUUUUUCCACCUGCGCGCUCAUAAGAAGAUAGUGUUUUCUCUCUAGGACACGUGCCAGUUUCUGUGAAGUUUCGACUCCCAUUUUGUAUGGAGUUUUAAAAAAAACAAACAAAAAACAAAAAAAAUCACCAUGGUUCUGAACACUCGGCUUGAGCAUGCACCAGUAAGAGUUUUUCAACCCAAAAUUGGUGAUGUUAGUCAUUUACUCUGCACACACUUAGUAGAAUCUGAUGCAACUGGUCUCCUGAUGCUGAACAUAUCAGCCCCACAAUGAUCUAGAAGGUUAACUGGCUGGAUCCUGUGGGGUUGAUAUUUCCUUUACUGUAGGCUUGGUUUCUCAGAGCAUUUCUACAGAAGCCCGUCUUCUGGCCCUACCCCUAAAUUCUGAAUUUUAAAGGUUCAGAUUGGCAAAAUUCUGUCUGCAGAUUUGGGAAACUGGUUAGUGGCUCCUGGACUGGUAUGACGUCAGUAUGUUGUUCUGAUCAUUAGUAUAGGAAUUUAUUACCUGAGGGAAAGAAGUGUAUCUUAUUCCACUAUCAAAAGUGUGUGUACAGAGAAGCACAGCAGUAUAUAUCAAUGUUAAGGAAACAAAAUAUAAGAACUUCAAUGUUGUAUUUUAUGCAUGUUAAUAAAGGUAGGUUAUUAUAUCUGAUAUGUUUCUGCAAAUUAAGUGAGGCUGAACAGUUGGAAAAAUUUGGUUCCCCUCAAAGGCUUCCUAUUUCUUUUUUGUUACUUAGAAGCCAGUAGAUGAGCUGUUAGUUUUAUGCCCACUCGAACACUGUCUUCUUGUAGCCCUAAAAUAUUGAUGCAAAGCUAAUGGUUGAUAAUCAACUCGUGGCUCUGUUUCUUUUUAGUUUUCCCUUCAAUAAAGUUACAUAAACCAUAACAUGAA